AGCACGAACAAGCAGCGGUGGUGAGAAAAGAGGAAGUGUUUUCGCGGCGUAAGCGCAGAACAUGGUGCAGAAGCAUCGUAGAAAUAUAGAGAUAGCCUGCCCAGUGUAAAACAAGACUUUAACGAUGCCGUAUGCUAACCAACCAACAGUAAAAAUCACGGAACUUACCGACGAAAAUGUGAAAUUUGUCAUUGAGAACACCGAUUUGGCGGUUGCAAACUCUAUCCGUCGGGUUUUCAUGUCAGAAGUCGCCACUAUAGCUAUUGACUGGAUCCAGAUUGAUGCCAAUUCUUCCGUGCUUCAUGAUGAGUUCAUUGCUCAUAGAGUCGGUCUAAUCCCUCUAACCAGUGAUGAUAUAGUGGAUAAACUGCACUAUUCAAGGGACUGCACAUGUGAGGACUUCUGCCCUGAGUGUUCAGUAGAGCUGACUUUAGAUGUUCGCUGCACAGAGGACCAGACGCGGCAUGUUACAUCACGAGAUCUUCUGUCCAACAACCCUCGAGUCAUCCCUGUGACCUCUAGGAGUCGGGACAAUGACCCCAAUGACUAUGUAGAACAGGAUGACAUUUUGGUGGUGAAGCUCCGCAAAGGUCAAGAGCUGCGACUCAGGGCUUACGCCAAGAAAGGCUUUGGUAAAGAACACGCCAAAUGGAACCCAACAGCUGGAGUGUCGUUUGAGUAUGACCCAGACAACGCACUGAGGCACACAGUCUACCCCAGGCCUGAGGAAUGGCCUAAGAGUGAAUACUCUGAAAUUGAAGAGGAUGAAGUUCAGGCCCCAUAUGAUCCAAAUGGAAAACCAGAAAGGUUUUUCUACAAUGUGGAGUCAUGUGGCUCUUUGCGACCAGAGACGAUUGUCAUGUCAGCGCUGGGUGUCCUGAAGAGGAAACUGAGUGAUCUGCAAACUCAGCUGAGCCAUGAGAUCCAGAGUGAUGUCCUAACCAUCAACUGAGCUCACACAUACUUACUACUGUAGCUUUUUUAUGAAUUAUUUUCAAAUAAAUAUUCUGUGGAAUUUA